AUGCGCUUCAAGGUUAUGGCGCCCAUCCGCACUCAAUCAGGGUGCGGGAAGGACACCGAUUCUCUGCCACCUUCGCCCAGCAAACUUCUGGCUGUAAAACUGCUUGUCGCCAAGGCCAAGAAGGCUGCCAGGAGGCCCAAAGUCAAGCCUGACCUAGGUGAUGCAGCGUCCAUCAAGAAAGCUGCCGCCAGUUCCAGUCGGAGAGUCGUCAAUUGGUCCAACCCAAACAUGUUCGCUCUGACGGACAAGCUGCUCACAGUCAUAUCUGAGCACGUGACUUACAAAGUUGCCUUUGGGUUCAAUAAAGGUGAUGCAGGAUCUGUGAAUUCCAGUGGUAAGAAGGUCAAGGAGCACACAGAACGUAUUGCAGAGAAGGUACUCUUGCUUGAUGAUCUUGGUAAUGAGGAUCCAACAAGCAGAUGGAAGGAUCUCGAGAUCUCGAAACUUGGUAAAUCCAUUUAUCAGCGAAUCAGAUACCUCAAGGAAUCCUACUCGAAACACUACCAGGAACUUGGUCAAACUGGCCAGGACAAGAUCCUCCAUGAAUUUCCGUGGUAUUUGCGGAUGCAAGAGCUAAUGACAAAGAGGCCAGUCAUCGACAAAUCUGCUCUCCUCAAUGGUUCUACUUUGUUGGAUCUUGGACCUCUUCAUCGAGCACCGUCAGACGAACUGGAUAUUGAUGUAGCAGGUAUACACGACAACUCUGAGUCUCCUUCACAUGUAAAGCAUGUGCCAAACAUUAAGUGGUCUGGAUCUCCCGACUGGACUUUUGACUCUGAGGGUAACCUUCCAGAGUCAGACGGAGAACCAAUUACACGACCUAGCUCUCCUCGGCUGCCAUCUCCACCAUCUUUCAAGAUACCUGCCAAGACAUCUUCCUUUGCCUUGUCAUCUUCAGCUCGCUCGAUGAGUACUAGUCGCAGGAACCCUGCUACUGCCUUUCAGGAGAUGGCACUAAUUGCACAGGACACCCAGUUGAAAGUCAUGACUGUCAGUGCGAAGGAGAAGACUUUAUGUGAGAAUACGAAGGCUAAGGCAACAAUUGAGCUUGAGCGUCUCCGCUUACAGCAUCAGCGAGAUGAAGCAGAAUGUCAUUGCUUGCAUGAGCGUGAGAUGAUCCAGGCCUGCAUUGAGCUUGCCUGUCUACAACAAGCUUUGUCUUACAAUCACCAAUCUCAAGUUGACAUGUUUGGGGCUUCGAGUUCAGGUAUAGAGGAUGAUGCAAGCAGUGACCCAGAGGCAAACAUACUGAAGAUCUCAAGGCUUGUCAAUGCAUAA